AUCGAUGCAUUACACUCCUCUAAAAUUCCCGGUACCUCCCCUACCUCCUCCCUUCUCUUCCGGAUUUUCUAGCGUGACCGACGUUUCGUGUCUGUUUAGACUUAAAAAAUGCGUUACGUGGCCGCUUACCUCCUGGCUGUGCUCGGUGGAAACACCAGCCCCUCUGCAAAAGACAUCAAGGCCAUCUUGGGCAGCGUAGGAAUUGAGGCCGAUGAUGAACGCUUAAAUAAGGUCAUUAGUGAGCUGAAUGGGAAAGACAUCAAUGCCGUCAUGAACUCAGGCCUCUCUAAGUUAGCCUCCGUACCAGCAGGUGGUGCUGUAGCGGCCCCUGCCGCUGCUGCUGGGGCCACUGGAGCUGGGGCUGCGCCUGCUGCUGCGGAAGAGAAAAAGGAAGAGAAGAAAGAGGAAUCAGAAGAGUCAGAUGAAGAUAUGGGCUUUGGACUCUUUGAUUAAUCUGCAUUCUCUGUGUUUAAAAAGCAAUAAAAAUGUAAAAGGUUUACACUCA